GAUGUGACAGAAAGGGCAAGUGAAACAGUAAUUUCUUCAAAACCUAAAGGGGUCUCCAAAAAUUCCAAAGCUCAAGAGGAUGACAUUGGCACUUCCAAUGUAAAUGAAGCCACAGAUGUUGAAAUCGAAAAUUACGAUGAGCCAAAGAUUUCUAAAAGGAUUACAAGGAAUUUAAGGAAUUCUACUGGGAAAGGUCAAGAUAGUAGCAGAAAGGCAUCAAGUGUCAGUAAAGUAGGAAAAAAAGCUCCUAAAAGGGUUACUAGAGGUUCAAAGAAAAUUGGUAAUGGUCGUGGACGAGUUCGAGGCCUCGAUAGAGGCGUUUUAAACAUGAAUGAGUCAUCAGAUAUUGAAGUAGAGGAUGCAGUAGAGGAAAAUGACAAGCAGAAAAAUACCGCAAAACCUAAAAGAACUACUAAAAAUUCAAGUAGUGCUCGUGGACGGCAUAAAAUUAUUCCGGACGCCAAUGCAACGUUAGAUACUGUGACAGGGAAUGCAGUGGAGAAUGAGGGGGAGUCCACGACUCAUUCAAAGCCUCAAAUAACCAAAAAUUCAAAGAAUUCCAGUAGUCAUGGACGAGGUCGAAAUCGUAACAGAGACAUUACAUCAAAUAUUGACGUAGAGAAUAUGAUAGGUAGUGAAAUUGAGAAAAAAGUUUCUAAAAGGACUACCAGAAACACGAAUGGCGCUCGUAGGCGAAAUGAAAUUCCAAAUAUGAGUGGCAUGUCAAAUAUUGAAGUAGUGAACACAGAGAAUGAAAGACCAGAAGUUUCAUCGAAAGUGAAAAGAGUUUCCAGAAACUCCAAGAAUGAUCAAGGAGAAAACGAAGUUCCAAAUGUGAAUGAAACAACAAAUAUUGAAGUGGUGAAUACAGAGAACGAAAGACCAGAAGUUUCAUCGAAAGUGAAAAGAGUUACCAGAAGCUCCAAGAAUGAUCAAAGAGAAAACGAAGUUCCAAAUGUUAAUGAAACAACAAAUAUUGAAGUGGUGAAUACAGAGAACGAAAGAUCAGAAAUUUCAUCGAAAGUGAAAAGAGUUACUAGAAGCUCCAAGAAUGAUCAAGUAGAAAACGAAGUUCCAAAUGUGAAUGAAACAACAAAUAUUGAAGUUGAUGAUGCGGUAGAGGAUGUGGAACCGGGGGCUUCAUCAAAAGCUAAAAGAGUCAACAGAGGUUCAAAGAAUUCUCGAAGAAAAAACGACACACAUGAAUCAUCAAAUGUUGAAGUAGACGAUAAAGUAGAAAACGAAGGGUCAGGGGUUUCUUCGAAAAAUAAAAAAAUUACCAGAAGUUCGAAGAACGGUCGCAGACAAAAUGAGAAUUCAAAUAUUGAAGUAGGAAGUACAGCAGAGAAUGAAAGGCCUAGUGUUUCAUCGAAAGCGAGAAGAGUCAACAGAAGUUCAAAGAAUGAUCGAGGAAAAAGUUAUAAUUCAAAUGUCAACGAAGUACCUAAUUUCGAAGUAGAGAAUACAGUAGAGAGCGAAGGGCCAGGUAGUUCAUCGGAAGCAAAAAGAAUUACCAAAAAUUCAAAAAUUGACACCAAUAUGAGCGAAGUACAAAAUGCUGAAGAAGUGGAGAGUACGGUAGAGAACGAAGGGACAGGAAUUUCUUCGAAAGCUAAAAGGAUCACCAGAAAUUCAAAAAAUGGUCGAGAAAAUGACCUUCCAAAUAUGGAUGUUGAAGAGAGCGAAGGGUCAGAAUUUUUAUCGAAAUCCAGAAGAAUUACCAGAAGUUCAAAAGGUAGUCAUAGAAAAAAUGAUGUGGAAGGUGCAUCGGAAAAUAAAAGGCCUGUUAUUUCUUCAAAACCUAAAAGGACCACCAGACCAAGGGGUGACCACGGACGAAAUGAUACUACUCCCAAUGCGGAUGAAGUACCAAAUUUAGAAGCGGAGGAUACAGUCAAGAGAGAUACAAGAAGUCCUAAGAAUAUCGAUAAUAAUAGUGGACAAGGUCGAAACCGCGAUAGUGACAUUCCAAACACGAACGAAGCAUCAGAUGUUAAAAUAGAAGAUGCGACAGAUAUUGAUAAGUCAUCAAGUCCUAGGAGGAUUACUAGACGUUCAAAGAGAGAUGGAAAUAAUAACGACAUUCCUGGUGUGAGUGAAGUGUCAGAUAUUGAAGUGACGAGCGUAGUGGAUAAUGAUGACGAACCGACAAUUUCUCCAAAAUCCAAUAAAAGAAACAGGAAUACAAAUAGCGGUCGUGGGCGAGGUCGAAAUCGUGGUAAGGGAAAUGUUCAUAGCGGAGAUUUCAUAGGUGGUCGUACAAGGAGUCAUAAAACAAAAGAUGUUGCAAGUGAAAAUGACGCAGAAUUGGAUGUUCACGUGCCAAUAACAAACGAAUCUGAACAAAAACCAGAAAUUUCCGAAACUCCAGAUAAGAAACUGAGAAAAGGCAAAAAAAUCAAAAGUUCUCAAGAUGCUAGCCCGCUUCAGGGUAAAGGAAAAACUCAAAAUCUUGACCCAGAAGAUGAUAAUGAUGAUGAACAACUUUCCUCAUUAGUUCUCGAUCCUGAUGUAGUAGCAUUGUCAGCAGAAAAUCCAGAUGCUCUUCAAAAGGCUGUUCGCGUAUUAGCUGGACAAAAUUAUGACAUACUGGAAACACCUAAUGCUUCGGAUGAGCCUCAUCAAAAUGACGAAAACCUUACAUCACUAUUUAUCAGACCUGUAAACCCAGUUUCUCGAUCAGCAUCAUUUGCAAAUAGUCCUUUGCCUGAAUCACAAUCUGAUAACUCAUUUAGUCCCAAUACACCAUCAAUUAUUUGGACAAAUGAUCAUUGGUAUCAACUGAAAAGACUUUACGAAGAGAUCAAAGAUGAAUACAUUAAAGAUGGCAAAAACGGUAUUGGAAAUGAAGAAGUCUAUAGAGAUGUAACUUUGCGAUUCUUUUCAGUAGAUGUUCAAAAUAAAAUCUUUGGAGAGGAUAAUAUCCGUAAACGGAUAAUAGCGUUAGAGGCAGCCGAACAUGAAAGAAAAUCAAGUGGUACUCCACGUAGAGGUAGCAUUGAAAGCACUAAUUCAAAAAGUAGUCGUAUAAGCGUUACUCGGUAUAACUCGGCAUAUUCGAAUUUGCGUGACACUCCUAUCAACAAACGUAAACGUAGUGAAUCAAACGCGACCAACUCGGAGCUUGUCGAGGAUGAAGAAAUUUUACGUCCUACACAACGCUUACGUACCUCUGACUCACCGUCCGUCUCAGGUACAACUACUCCACGUAUUCAACCCAACAUUCUCAAUAAUGACAGUGCCUUUUCAAGAAUAUUUGGUGGAUUGUUUGGAAGAAGUCGCAGUUCACAUUCAGCUUCUGAUUUAGGAGCACCGGAACAAAUGAAUAUUGAUUAUGAAGAUCAGGAAUUACAAUCCACUCCUUCUCCAAGUCGAAGCCGAAGUUGGCUAUGGCGUUAA